GUAAUAUUUACAAAAGACUUAAAUACUGUGUUAGUUGCAAAUAUAACGGUAAGUGUGGAGUGGUAAAAGUUUAUCGAAAAGUAAAGUUGCAAUAAGUUCGACAAAAUGGAGGUAAUGGAAGAUGGAAAUUUGAUAGACAAAGUGAACAUUCUCAUACAAAGGGACAUGGAAUAUUACACGAGUAAACAAACGAUCCUGCAAGAAACUAUUUGUCCUGGAAUAAUCGGAGGAAAACUGGACUUUCCUCGAUCCGCCUCUUUCGCAUCCAUGAAACUGGUGUUAUGGUGGGAGGAAGAAUUCGUGGCGGCACACAAAGAACCAUCGGGAUUUCUUCCGAAACAAAGCGAAGACAAAACCGAUCAACAUUCGGAAGACGAAGCCGAAGGCAUCAUCAAGGAUUCGUACCCCUCGAAGUUCGUUUCGUUGGUGGCCAAAACUGCCGAUCAAUUUUUAGUUCAUCUCAAUGUAUUGACCCAAGAGGCACUAGAUCACGCUGACUUGACCGUUCUAACGGGUACAAUAGGAGCAGCUGCAUUACUAAAAAACUGCUUGUGGUUUUACAUCAAAAUCAUGAAAGACGACAGGAAAAUAUCCAUAGAAGAAAUACAAAACAGCUACAAGAAAUACCACGAGAUGUGCGAAGCUUUAGCGGAACGAUUGCUUGAUCUUCAUUGUAGGUUAGUUUCCUUGUACAUCUUGCAGGACGAUGAGUGUCUUGAUUGGGAGAACGAAAAGCCAUUCUUCGAAUCGGAACGAGGUUCUUAUGUUAUACAAAUGUGGUGGCUGUAUAUGAAAGGUACUAAAGAAGAUCUUUGGAAUACAGUUCCUCCGAAAAUGGCUCAAAGGGUGUUCGCCGGGAUGUUAAACGAGUCGUUAACAAUUUUGACAGUUCGAUAUACACAGAGUACGCCUUCUGAAACAAGAAGUCAACUUAUUGUCGUCGACAUCAGUAACUUGUUAGUUUGUAUAGCAGAGUUGCUACCAGCCAUUUGCGAAAAUGCCAAAGAAUUUAUUGGUUUUUCCUACAGCACCAGCAGCAAAAUUCUGAGAGAUAUCCAUACCAAAUGCCAAGAAUUGCUAACUUGUUUAUUGUUAAGAGCAUCUCCGAUAGAUGUGCUGUACAAAGUGUUCAGGAAAGGUUUGGAAAACGUGGAAAUGUUUAAAUCAAGAGUAACAGGAGUCGCUCCAUGGAUAUUAUUCGCUUUACCGAAUAUAUUUGAUAAAAAUAACUCUAAACAAAUAGUUAAAAUGAACGAUUUGAGUCCAAAUGUGACAACUGCUUUGGAGCUGAUUGUUUUGCUGGCUCAGCCCCAACCAAAUUGGGCACUUUUAUUAAAGAUUCUUUGUAUGAACAAGUUCAAAGUACUCCACUUAAUUCUGGAUGGCACCUCUGAUCAUUUCGACAAAUUGGAAACUAUGCAAAAACCUCAAGUGAAGUACGUAAACUGCAAAGCCUUUUUGUGUAACAGUGACGGUUCUUGUAAAGAUGACAACACAUCGGCAACGAUGCUGCAAGCAAUACAUUACUACGAUUUAAUUAUGUCUUCUACAGAAGUAUUAUUAUUUGCCGGAAGCGCCAGUGAAAUUACGGACAUUUUGAUACCUGCUAUUACGAAGCAACCUAAUUGGUCAAAUUGUUUGGAAAGGAGACAUGUUUGGAACCAAAUCCGUCAACCAUGGUACGAAGCCAUCCUAAAUUUCACAAAUUCCCUAAUACCGAUAGCAGGAGAUGCCGUGAUUAAUGCUAUACAAACCGGGGCGACCAUGUAUCAAGCCAUGUCUCUUAUAAUAGCAUGUUUUAGCCAGUAUUGGGACUACGUGAAUCCAGCUUUGAACAAAAUUUCGAGCAUUCUGCAAGAUUUCAUUUUAACCGAAACCGUUCCAUUGAACAAUUCCGUUCUCGUUCAGAUUUUGGUGUGCGCUCUGUACAGCUAUUUAUUGAAAAAAUCGCAAGAAGUCAAGAAAGAAGUUCGUAUAGAUGAUAAUCCUGAAGCUACCCAUCACCGCACGUCAUCUAUUGUCAGCAUAGAGUCUGCAAGUACUUCCCCUGAAGCUAUUUCCCUAGCUGUAGCUGAGUCGCUGUGCAGCAUCGACGAAGACAAUAAGCACACUGAUCAAAUCGAAGAGUUUUUGGAACAAGUCAAGUCUGACUGCAGAGUAGUUGAAUGUGAAGAUGGAUUGUCGAUGAGAAUGGAAACCAAUCAGCUUCUUGCUGAGGUAGUGGUUAGUGAUAUUUUGGAGACGGCUAGCGGACGAAGGAGCUUAAAGGUUUUAUACUGGUUCGUUAAAUGCAAUGCUGAAUUCUUCUAUCAAAAAAUGGGUAUCAGCCCUGAAGAAGAUACCAUAGAACCAAAUAGAGCACUUACAAAACAACUUUCAUUGCUUCAUACUAUGUUUAACAUCGGUUAUCGUCCCUUUGACCAGUUAUUAUCUGGAAAAUGGCAGCCCAAUUGGAUAAAAUUCUUGCAAAACACGAUGGGCCUCAGCGCUGACAGAGUAUGGAAACAGCUAUCGUUGAGAUGGGAAUUUAGAAAUAUUAGUUCACCUUCUAUUCCUGCUCACACUGUACAAAUGAUUAAUAGUAUUUCUAAUAUUUUUAAAUAAUAAAUACAUUUAUUACACUCUCUUAAUAGAGUUUUUCUGUGCGGAAUAAAUAUUUAAAGAUCGUG